AUGUCCAAGCUUUUCAUUGGCGGCCUUGCAUGGCACACUGAGGAAGGCACCCUCAGACAGAAGUUUGAGGAGUUCGGUGCCGUCGAGGAAGCUGUCGUUGUGAAGGAUCGCGACACUGGCCGUAGCCGUGGAUUCGGCUUCGUCCGCUACACCCAGGACGGAGAUGCCCAGAAGGCCAUUGCCGCCAUGAACAACGUCGAGUUUGACGGACGCACUAUCCGCGUUGACAAGGCUUCCGACAACGGCCCCCGUGGUGGCGGCGGUGGUGGUUUCCGCGGCGGCGGCGGCGGCUUCGGCGGCGGGCGUGGCGGCUACGGCGGCGCCCCCCCUGCGCCCUACGGCGCUGCCCCGGGCGGAUACCCGGUCGGCGUCCCCAACAUGUACCAGCAGCAGCAGCCUGCGUACGGCCGUGGUUACCCCCCUCAGCAGCCCUACGGUGCCCCUCCUCAGGACGGUGGCUACGCUCCGCAGGCUCCGUACGGCUACCAGCAGGACCCGUCUCAGCAGCCUCAGGGCGGCCGAGGCUAUUAG